CAGAGCCGCCGCCGCCGGAGGAGCCGGUUCCAUGCCCGCUGGAGCCUCCUCGUGCCGCCGCCGCCCCCGCUCGCCCCGCCAUGGACGUUCGCUUCUACCCCUCGGCGCCCAGCGCGGUGGCCUCGCUGCCCGGGGCCGAGCCCGGCUGCCUGGGCCCCCUGGACUAUUACCACUGCAACAAGUUUGACGGGGAGAACAUGUAUAUGGGAAUGAAUGACAAUAAUCAGGAGUUCCUAUCAGCGAAUCAGACGUAUAAUGGUCAGAAUGAGAAUAAUGAAGACUAUGAAAUCCCUCCUAUAACUCCUCCUAACCUCCCGGAGCCCUCGCUUCUUCACUUGGUGGAUCAUGAAACUGGGUAUCAUUCACUGUGCCACGGCCUCCCUCCAAAUAGCCUGAUACCAGCAUAUUCCUAUCAGAACAUGGACCUUCCAGCCAUCAUGGUGUCUAAUAUGUUGAGUCAGGAUGGGCAUCUGCUCUCCAGCCAACUACCUACGAUCCAGGAGAUGGUCCACUCAGACGCCACUUCCUAUGAUUCCAACCGUCAAGUCCCCCUGAUCAAUCGACCAGGGAUGUUAGCCGGUCACAUGAGUGCCCUCAGCCAGUCACAGCUGAUUUCUCAGAUGGGUAUGAGGAGCGGUGUUACCCAUGGUUCCCCAUCACCCCCAGGAAGUAAAUCUGCUACACCAUCUCCCUCCAGUUCUACUCAGGAAGAGGAGACAGAAUCACAUUAUAAGGUUUCUGGAGAGAAGAGACCAUCAACAGACCUGGGCAAGAAACCCAAAAGCCAAAAGAAGAAGAAAAAGAAGGACCCCAACGAGCCCCAGAAGCCUGUGUCAGCUUAUGCCCUGUUUUUCAGAGACACGCAAGCAGCUAUCAAAGGGCAAAACCCAAAUGCUACAUUCGGAGAUGUUUCAAAAAUUGUUGCAUCGAUGUGGGAUAGUUUGGGAGAAGAACAAAAGCAGGCAUAUAAGAGGAAAACAGAAGCCGCGAAGAAGGAGUAUCUAAAGGCUCUGGCAGCCUACAGGGCCAGCUUGGUUUCCAAGGGCUCUGCCGAUCAGGGUGAGACGAAAAGCGCCCAACCCAACCAACCUUCCAAAAUGAUACCACCAAAACAGCCCAUGUAUACGAUGCCACCACAGGCCUCAUCGCCUUAUCCUGGCUUAGGCUCAUUCCUGUCCCCAUCAGAUCUGCAGAGUUACCGGGGACACCCUCACCCCAGCCUCUCCCGAACCCUCAGUUCCAAACCCAUGUUGCCCAGCAUCAGUGCCUCGCCACCUCCUUCUUUCCAAAUCAGCCCUCCUCUCCAUCAGCAGCUGUCUUUGCAUCACCCACAGAGCUCCCUCCUCAACCAGUCACUCAGCAUGCAGCAGGUCCCACAGCAAUCCAUCUUGUCUCCUUCCAUGGCACUACAGGUACAGCCCCCAAUGAACGCUUCACCUCCAGGGCAGCAGGACUUUUCACAUAUUUCAUCUGAGUUUCAAAACAGUGUUGGACCCCGGUCACCUGGUGCAUCAAACCCCCCAGGAAAUACCGACUGGGACAAUGAUUACUCUAGCAGAGAGUGUGGAAUUAACCACUGCAGCAUGCUGCCAAGGGACAAGUCACUCUACCUCACCUAAACCCACCAUCUCUUUCCAAUAAGGCUCAAAGGAAGGACACUUGAGAGGGUCUAUAAUACGGACCACCCAGAGGGGCGUCACGCAAGUCAUACAGACGAGAGAGCUGAGCUAACACGUCUCGUUGCUGGCUUCAUUUCCAGGCUCUAAGAGCAGUUUUCUUUUAUUAUUUUGAACUCUAAAGUCUACUUUUCGUGGAAGCCCAAACCUCAUAAAUCAUGAAGAACAAAAAACAAAAAAAAACAAAAACAAAAAAAAACAAACAAAAAAAAAAUAAGAACAUGGUUUAUCUGCUUGCCAUCAGCUUAGCUAUGGACUGUUUUCCUAGUGAACUGCUUUUAGACGCAGAGUAGGCCCAGGUCUGGUGUCCUACUGCAUUAGGCCGGCUCAGUAGGAGGAUGCACUCUUUGACUUGCUAACAGCACUAAACUUUGUGCAGGAAAAUGUGAAGUUUGUGUGAAUAUUGUACAUGCAAAGGCCUUGGAUGUCUGGCAAGAAAAAAAAAAGUAAAAACUAUUCCUAGAUGGGUGGGUGGAAAGAGCAGCUGGCAAAAUAUGAAAGGAAAAAAUGUGAAAAAGAUCAUGAAAAAAUAUAAUUUGUUGGAUAGUUGUAAGUAGUUUACUAAGUGUUUUAGAACUGUGCUAAAGACAUCUUUAAGAUUUUUUUGUGGAAAAAAAUUAGUAGUUUACUUUAUAGUAAAAGCAUUUUAUAUUAAUUGUAGCACAUUUUUUAGUUAUACAUAGAAGGGAGAUGUGUAUAAAAAAACAAAAACAAAAAAAAGCCUGCCAAACUUGUUUCUAUUAUUUGUACAGCAAGAAAUGGACAAUUUAUAUCCAUGUUGUAUGGCAUUAUUAUAUUUUUUUCAGCCAUAUGUCCAUCUAUUUAAAAUUGCUGACAAUGAUUUUUGUCUAUUUAUGAAGAAUUAGAAAGCAGAAUUACAAUUUAUCAUAAGGUGCGUUUUUGGGGGUUUUUUAAUUUUUUUUGAUGGUGCUGUUUUCUCAGCACCCAGCACAUUCAGUUCACAAUGCUUAUCUUACCUUUCUUUAUAAUAAAACAUAUGAAAAGUAGAAAUGAA